AUGUGCUACUUCUGUAAGUGCCGAGAGGAUCAGCCCAAGGAUUUCCGGGGCAGAAAGACGUCAGUGCCUCUGGGCCUGAGGCAGCACAGGACUGCUAUAAAAGGCAGCCCAAGUCUCAGUGCUCUCAUCCACUUCUCUCACCUCCUUCUCCUCAGGAAUCAGGUGCACCUGUGACCCCGAGCCAUGUCCUGCUGCCAGCCCUGCAACCCUUGCUGCCAGCCCUGCGGCCCCUGCCCGCUGGCCAACAGCUGCAAUGAGUGCUGUGUCAGGCAGUGCCAGGACUCCCACGUCGUCAUUGAACCAUCACCUGUGGUGGUGACCCUGCCUGGCCCCAUCCUCAGCUCCUUCCCACAGAACACUGCUGUGGGAUCCUCCACCUCUGCUGCUGUUGGCAGCAUCCUCAGCAGUGGUGGAGUGCCCAUCAGCUCUGGGGGCUUUGACCUCUCCUGCAUCACCAACUGCUAUGGUGGCAGCAGAUGCCGUCCCUGCUAAAUCUGCUGGCAGUGUCCUUGGGCAAGAACCUCCACGACCUUAGAACCUGGU